GGCAGAACCUGGCAGUGCGCAUGCGCCACGUCUCUACGCGGUUUCUGGGCGCCAGGGUCUGCACCGAAACAUGGCAGAGGUUGGGUCCAAGUCAGUGCUGUUCGUGUGUCUCGGUAACAUUUGCCGGUCACCCAUUGCAGAAGCAGUGUUCAGAAAAUUGGUAACUGAUGAAAACGUUUCAGAUAACUGGGCCAUUGACAGCAGCGCCGUUUCCGACUGGAACGUGGGCCGGCCCCCAGACCCAAGAGCUGUCAGCUGCCUAAGAAAUCAUGGCAUUAGCACAGCCCAUAAGGCAAGACAGAUUACAAGAGAAGACUUUGCCACAUUCGAUUAUAUACUGUGUAUGGAUGAAAGCAAUCUGAGAGAUCUGAAUAGAAAAAGUAAUCAAGUUAAAAACUGCAAAGCUAAAAUCGAGCUACUUGGGAGCUAUGAUCCACAGAAGCAGCUCAUUAUUGAAGAUCCCUAUUAUGGCAAUGACUCUGACUUCGAGGUGGUGUACCAGCAAUGCCUUAGGUGCUGCAAGGCCUUCCUGGAGAAGACUCACUAGCUGGUCCUAACCACCACCACUGAGCAACCCACUCCUCAGUGCUGUGCCCAAGGGUGGUGGCAGUCCUUAGCCCCAUACCCCACCUCUCUUUUCAGCUGACUUACUGUAUAUCUUUAAAAUAAUUGUAGGUGGAAAUCAGGCAUUUGUUCAGAAGGAUAAAAACAUUUGAGGCAGACAUUUGAGGUGUGGCUCAGUAUUCUUAGACUAACAAAAGCUCUGGCCUCGCCAUAAUUACAAAAUAGUGGAACGAGCAACUGUGGAACAAAAGAAAACCCAAUAAAGUAAGAAUGACCCACAAGGUCCAGAUCAGCCUUUGAGCCCAGCGAGCCUGGGUAGUCUGGUCUAACUGGAGUGUGAGCAUGGCCAGCACCCAGUGUGCUGUUUGCUUGCCUUACACUCUCUAUUCUAUAUUGUCUCUUAUUGUGACAAUAUCUCCAUCCAUGGCAGCCUUCCAUUUAACACUGGGAGAGUUUAAACCCAGACACACCGAGGGUUCAGAUAUUUGAGAGAGGAGAACCUGGAUGUGAUGAUGGGCCUGGAACUCCAGCAGGCCAUCCUGGGCUGUACAGUGACUCCCUGUCUGAAAGAUAAAAAUGCUAACAGAUGGGAGCAACAGGUUGGUGAAGUUAACACCUUUAAUCUCACUUGGUUUUUGUGUAGUUUCUUGAGCUUGGUUCCUAUUUGAGCCACUUUGCUUCUUUAAAGAGAAAGUAAGUGUGCUUAAAUAGUGGUGUGCGUUUGUAAGUGUUCUCUCAUCAACAUUUUACAAAGUUACAGGCAAGCAUGAGUAAUUUUAGUGUAUUUUCAGAAAAGGGACCUCAAAUUUAUGUGGAUAUAUGUCAGAAAAGAUUGUGAAUUAAACUGGGAUGUUAUCAAAUACAACUAAAAAUAUAAA